GGAUCAUAUGCAAGGUGGUCAAUUCCGUGAUAAAAUAUCAGCUGAGGGUAAAGUUUGUAUUGUAACUGGUUCAAAUACUGGAAUUGGAAAAGAAACCGUUCAUGAAUUAGCAAGACGUGGAGCUCAGAUUUAUAUGGCAUGCAGAGAUAUGGAAAAAUGCGAAGAAGCUAGAAAAGAAAUUGUAUUAGAUACAAAAAACAAAUAUAUUUAUUGCAGGGAAUGUGAUCUUUCUUCUUUUGAAUCGAUUCGAAACUUUGUCAAAACAUUUAAAGCUGAACAAAAUCGUUUAGAUAUUUUGAUAAAUAAUGCAGGAGUAAUGAGAUGUCCAAGAUCAUUAACUAAAGAAGGUAUAGAACUACAAUUAGGUGUUAAUCACAUGGGUCAUUUCUUAUUGACCGGUUUACUUUUAGAUUUAUUAAAAAGUUCCGCGCCAAGUAGAAUUGUAGUUGUUUCAAGUUUAGCUCAUACAAGAGGAGAUAUAAAUGUUACAGAUUUAAAUAGUGAGAAAUCAUAUGAUGAAGGUCAAGCAUAUAGUCAAAGUAAAUUAGCUAAUAUAUUAUUUACAAGAGAAUUAGCUAAAAAAUUGAAAGGAACUGGUGUUACAGUAAAUGCAUUACAUCCUGGUAUUGUUGAUACAGAAUUAUUUAGGCAUAUGGGAUUUUUUAAUAGUUUUUUGGCAAAAAUCUUUGUACGUCCAUUAGUAUGGCCAUUCAUAAAAACACCGAAAUCUGGUGCUCAAACAACAUUAUACGUUGCAUUAGAUAAAGAAUUAAAUGAUGUUUCCGGUGAAUAUUUUAGUGAUUGUGCUCUUAAAGAGACAAGUGAACAGGCUAAAAAUGAUAAUCUAAGUAAAUGGUUGUGGGCCGUUAGUGAAAAAUGGACUCAAAUUAAAUACUAACUUUUAAUAUUA